CUCGCCGCCCCGAGACCCCCACGCUUCCCUCUCCGCCCCCGAACUGUGGCGCCUCCCCCCGCCGCCGCAGCGAUGCCACUCGCGGCAGAGCCCGACGACGCUCAUGAGGAAAGGGAGAAUCAGCAGCUGCUAAUUACGACGAAGGGAGGGCCCGGGCUUGAGGGACUGGUGGUGGGGAGCUACUGCCACGAUGUGCUAAUCCGGGGCGGGCGCAUAGUGGGGGAGACGCUCGGCGGGGCUGCGGCCUUCGUGUCCAACGUGCUCGACGCCGCUUCGCCCCAGGGCGCCGCGCUCAACGAGACAUCCCCCUUUGUCGUUGUGGCCAAGGUGGGUCACGACUUCAUCUACGCCCGCGCGCCGGCGUCCGCGCGGCAUCCGCCUCUGCUCUGCUCGUCCCCAACCACCUCCUUCCACGCCCAGUUCUCGGAGACCGCCGCCUCGGCGCACGCCCCCGACCGGGAGCUCCGGCGCGUGCGCGCCUGCGACCCGAUCUACCCCGCCGACCUUCCCGACCGCCGCUUCGCCUACGGCCUCGCUGUCGGCGUCGCCGGGGAGGUGCUACCGGAGACGCUCGAGCAGAUGAUCAGGCUCUGCCGCACGGUGCUCGUGGACGCGCAGGCGCUGAUCCGGGCGUUCGACGGUGACGGCGCCGUCGGUCACGUGGCGCUUGGCGAUACCCCGUACGCGCGGCUUCUGCCCCGAGUGGCGUUCGUUAAGGCGUCGUCGGAGGAGGCGCCAUACGUUGGGGUGGAAACGACGAGGCGGCAGUGCUGUGUGAUCGUCACGGAGGGGAGGGACGGCUGCCGGCUGUACUGGGACGGUGGGGAGGCGCACGUUGCGCCGUUCCCCGCCGUACAGGUGGACCCUACUGGCGCCGGAGACAGUUUUCUCGCGGGCUUUGCAGCCGGAUUGCUGUGGGGGUUGUCGGCGACGGACGCCGCGCUGCUGGGGAACUUCUUUGGCGCCGCUGCUGUAUCGCAGGUCGGCGUGCCCACCUUCCAUCCCAAGAUGUUGCAGGCAGUUAAAGAAAUACUUGAAGAGAAGACAAGGAAACGAUCUAGUCCAUGUAUGAACGGCGCUAGUUUUACCUUGGAGAAGUCAAAUAUGCACAACGAGUUACACGCAGCUCUCCAAGAAGCUGCGGUGCUGAUGUCUGAACAGCAGCAGGCUGAUCCGGCGAACGGCAGUGGCGGUGAUAUUUGCUCGGCAUAGGUACCUCACAGUGAAGCUGAAGCAGUCGAACGCCAAACUGAAGUUUGUGGCAAAAUAACCAGCACUGCAGUCCUGAACUCCUGAUCUCACAUUGAGAUCUGUAAACAUGGUGCCAACAAGUGGAGGAAGUUUGUACAUACGCUCUCUCCGGCCUUUACACUACUAUUCUGCUGGCAAGGCCGUCAGGGAUCGUUUCUACCUUGCUAUCGCUGACGAGGAAAUGAAGACAACUGAACAGUUGAGCUGUGGCGCUUGCACGCACCAUGUUUUCUCCGCUGAACAAGUGCGCAUUUUUGAGCUUUCGGGCAUUCGUGCUGUUAACUUUUUACCAUUCUAUAUGUCGACUUCUACCAAAA